AUGAGCAUUCUACUCACUACUGGGGAUGGUGGGGUGGUGGAGGAGAAGGAAAUGGAGGAGGAGGAGGGGGAGAAGGAGGAGGAGGAGGAGGAGGAGGAGGAGGAGGAGGAGGAGGAGGAGGAGGAGGAGGAGGAGGAGGCGGAGGAGGAGGAGGAGGAGGAGGAGGAGGAGGAGGAGGAGGAGGAGGAGGAGGAGAAGGAGAAGGAGGAGGAGGAGGAGGAGGAGGAGGAGGAGGAGGAGGAGGAGGAGGAGGAGGAGGAGGCGGAGGCGGAGGCGGAGGAGGAGGAGGAGGAGGAGGAGGAGGAGGAGGAGGAGGAGGAGGAGGAGGAGGAGGAGGAGGAGGGGGAGACCUCAUCAAGUAGGAUGAGUCAUUGCAAGGAUUGCCAAUGUGCAUAUGGAUUGACAAUGAGAUGGGGUCUUAGAGGAAGCAGAUGGAAUGGAGAGAGCGGGUCAUAG